UUUAAAAUGUACACCCUAACUAAAAAUGAUUAUUUAUAUAUUGUUAAUAAAGUGGCGUCUCUGUUGGUCAUAUGACAAGCGUUAACGAUUAUAAAUAACUUAAUUUAAUUCUUGUGACACUGUUGCUGUCACAGAGCUGUCAGUCAUGGCUUGCCCUCCCCGGCGCACCAGCCAAUAGAAUCGCUGAAGCAUUUGAUUGACAGAACUCACAGCCAAUCGUAACGCCACAACAAAACACGAUAGCUCCCUGCUCGGUGCUGUGCACAGGGCGUCUCUUUCCGGCGCAGUACGCUGGGAUGCUGAUGCUGAGGAGCCUCGUUGAUCUGUAGCCCCAUUUGGAUCUCAAAUGUUUAUCGCCAUGUUGUAUUGUCUGAGGUUGCAGCACUGUGUUGACCUCUGUCUGGGCUGCCUGCUGUUGUUUCUAGCGGGGCUGCAGCAGGUGGAAGCAGCCGCCGCCGCGGAGAUGGCAAACUUGAACUGGAAGCCGUUCAUCUACGGAGGGAUGGCCUCGAUUGUCGCAGAAUUUGGGACAUUUCCCAUUGACCUGACUAAAACCAGACUACAGGUCCAGGGUCAGUCUCAGUACACGGAGGUGCGUUACAGGGGCAUGUUUCAUGCCCUCUUCAGGAUUGGCAAAGAGGAGGGCAUCCGAGCGCUCUAUUCUGGGAUUUCUCCUGCUCUGUUGAGACAGGCAUCUUAUGGGACAAUCAAGAUAGGAACCUACAACUCUCUGAAGAGGCUGUUUGUCAGUCACCCAGAAGAUGAGACCAUGGUCAUCAACGUCUUCUGUGGUGUCGUGUCUGGAGUCCUGUCCUCUUCUCUGGCCAACCCCACCGAUGUCCUCAAGAUCAGAAUGCAGGCGCAGGGCAGCCUGCUCCAAGGCAGCAUGAUGUCCAACUUCAUCAACAUCUACCAGACAGAGGGCACCAGAGGGCUUUGGAGAGGUGUCAUCCCCACAGCACAGCGGGCAGCCAUCGUCGUCGGAGUGGAACUUCCUGUCUAUGACAUAACGAAGAAGCACCUGCUUCGCUCUGGCCUCAUGGGAGACACCAUUUUGACACAUUUCAUUUCAAGUUUCACGUGUGGCUUGGCGGGAGCACUGGCCUCCAACCCCGUGGACGUGGUCCGGACCCGUAUGAUGAACCAGCGAGUUUUGUCGGGAAGCCCCAUGUACAAAGGAACACUGGACGGAGUGAUGCAGACAUGGAAGAACGAGGGCUUCUUCGCUCUCUAUAAGGGAUUCUGGCCGAACUGGCUGAGGCUGGGCCCCUGGAACAUCAUUUUCUUCAUCACCUUCGAGCAGCUGAAGAAGCUCCCGUUUUAAUGGGAACAGGAAGUGGGACUUCACUGGUCUGUUAAGACUGUGUCGGGCAUAAGUGGGGUGUGAGCACGGCAGCACCUGGAGUUUUGGCACCAGUAUAUUCACACUCCCUUCAAAUUCAUACCAAUGAUACAAUAUUAGUCAUCUGCCCAUGCUCAUCCAAAUCUUAUGUUGAUUUCUCUCUCUCUUCGCAAUGUGUUUUAUUUAUUGUCACUGGUUGUGUUCUCGUACUGUUUUAAGGACUGUUGCUUUGGUGACUACGCUCACCAACAGCCACCUCCGACACUCCCCAGGCAGCUAAAUAUUUGGUUGUAGCAGAAGACUGAAAGUUUGGAAGACUAGGUUCAUUUUCCUCGGGCUGAUUGGGUGAGUGGAACCUUGUGAACUUUGGCUUAUCUUAAAAAGACAGAGAGGACACUUGGGAUUGUUUGCUCAGGAAUCCUACACAGAAAAACAUGGGAAAUAAUUUUAAUAAUAAGCUUAGGAAUUGCAGAAUGUCAGGUCACACAUGCAGGUUGUGGAGUUGUUGGGUUUUUUUUUUUUGUUUGUUUUUUUUUUUUUAAAAAGAAGAUAAUGUUAAAUUUUAAACUGAAUGACAUGUAGGAACGCUGUAUUUUGAAUGCACAGGCACUGCAUGAAACAUGCUUGGAUUUUACUGCUGAAUGUUGAGGAACUGUUUGGAAGAGUGGUUCAAAUAGGAAAUCAGCUGUUACUGUUAGUUACUGUACUGUGAGAGAGAGCCGGAGUAAGACACUGACAGAAAGUAGGAAAUGAACAGGUCAUUAGUGCUUAACGUCUGUAUGGAAAAUGAAAUUCUCAGAUAUCUUGUGAUCUCUGGUACAUUGAGGUGUUAAGAAAAGGUGUCGCACAGCAUCUGACGUGCAGUUUUUAAUCUUUAAAUGGGUCGGUUGCCAGAAAAUCACUCUGAAUUUUAAAGUUGAAGAAAAAAAUAGUCAGAACUUUUUUAUUUAUUAUUUUUUAGGAGAAGAAAUUUCCACAUAACACAAAUUCUAAACAUCUAAAGAAGACACUGAAGUUUUACUUGAAAAUAUCAGAAAUCUGAACCAAAGCCUCUCAUGACAAAAGGGAAACACUUUUACUCGUUUUCACAACCAAAAGGUCUUUUUUUCCUUUGUUUUAUUUAAUUUCAAGGAAAUACUCAAUCAAGAGCAAUCACUCCAAAUGAAUGCUUAUGUUUUUGCUGUAGAGACCUUUUUUUUCUUUUUUUUGGCUUUGUUUUGUUCUCCUCCAGUCUGCUGCUGAUUCAGAAGCGAAGCUAAUGCCAUUAUUAACCCACAUGACAACAAUCCAUUACAUACUGUAAAUCACUGUACAGACUCAAUCACAGAGAGGUGGAUGUAUUUUAUCCUGUCAUGUCCAGGUGCACAUAUGAUGCCUUGUUGCGCUAUUCUUACUGUUGUGUUCCUCCUGUUAGGUAAAGUCACGGCAUGAAAGGAGGCAGCUGGUGUGGACAGAAAGUGCAAAAUAGUGCGUUUGUGCCAAACUGGGUUUGAUUUUAUUUGCAGCUACUCUGAGUCCACAUAAAGUUUUGUCUUCAGAAGAAACUCGUAGCUGGAAACUGUCAGACGCUGUAGUUUGAAAUUGAAAACAUAUUUUAAAUUUGUGAAUAAUAUCUUUAAAUCAAAACAAAUGCAGUUUUAACAACAUGAAUUUUUAUUUAGUUUACGAGGAUCCACAAACAAUAUAUGUGUUUGACUUGUACAGAACAUGAGUGCAGUUUCCACGCCAGGUUUUUUUUAAUUAUAUUUAAUUAUUUUUUAGCAGUUUUGAUUUUUGUUUUUAAAGUUGAAGUUAUUUAUUUUCUGACGUGAUCAAAAGUUUCCCAUUGUGGCAGCAGUUUUGUGUGGCAUCAUAGCUUGUCAUCAGAUGGGUCUCCCGAAAUUAUCUUCAUCUUUCUUCUUUAUUUUGACUGCACAGACAUGCUGGACUCUAUGACUGAAGGACAUUAAAAAUACGAUUUAUAGCUUCAACAGAGCUGGUACUUCUACAUGUAUACUGUUGUAGGCAACUCUGCUGUUUAGCUUCAGGCUUGUUAUCGUUUAGUAGCAGACUGUAAAGUAGCUUGGCUCUAUCUUGGUCAUAAUUCACUGGAUCACCUUAUAGUUUACUUUUAUCUAUAAAGGGAUACUUUUGGAUUUUGCAAAUCAGGUUUUUCCUCUUCUUCUGCUCUCGAUUAAAAACGCACAUGGUGUCCUUUUACCCUGACAUACAUCAGCUGUCAUCACAGCUGCAGAAAUGUCACAAUGACAUAUUUUUUUAAUUGAACCUGACUGCAGAAUCCAAAUUAAACCCAGUGUAAACCUUAUUUCCCAGUAUCAUUACUUCAGAACUCUCCAAUGGGAUUUAUUAGUUCAUCCUCUGUUUCCUCAGUUAUGGUUUGAGCUGGCAUUUUAGCGUGCAGUUCGGACACAACUCUCAACUUUUGUGCUCAACAGUGGAGUGGGUUUGAAAGACCACAAGGUUCUGUGUGUGUGUGUUUGUGUGUGUGUAACAAUAGUAAUAAUUUGCACAUAAUGAGGCCCGAAACACAUUUUAACCAACAGAGUGAGGACAUUUUGGGAAAAUGAGAACAUCUUUGUUAGUCUUCACUUCUUCAAACACUUCACUUUUUCUGUUUGAGGGUUAAGACUUGGCUUUAAGGUUCAUGUUACUGUAAAGGAUGGACACUUUAAGGAACUUCCAUAUCCCAGUCCUAGCUAUAGAUUAUUAAGAGUACUUGAGUAUUUCCUUAAAAAAAUCUAAUGUAAGAAUAGGAAAGUAAAUUGGCCAACAACAAAAAACAAAUGCAAUUUUAAAUGUAUUUAUUCACUCUAUUAAACUAUAAAUUUUUAGUUAACAUGAUAAAAAUCAGCAAACUUUCUGUUGCUGCUGUGACAUAGGUUAGACAUUGUGCUGAAGGACUGUCCUCAAGCUUUUGUCCUACUAGUCAGUUCGACGUCUGCCCAGUUUAGCACAAACUAACAUCUGACUUCGAGCCGUUUAAUGGUCCCAACAAACUCACACUGACACUGAAAUGGCUUGACUCAGUCCCAUUAAUAACUGUUACUGACUCUUACUGUUACUAAUGUUAGCUGUGUAAAGCUAUCACUGUGUGUGUGUGUGUGUGUGUGUGUUUGUAUGGGCGGACCUCAUGGGCGGAGCUCACAUUCCCACAGCAGUAGUCUCAUGAUAAAUGCAGGAAGGAAGGAAACGACAGCAGGGCAAGGAUGCAAGUACUGUCGUCCAAAUUAGUACUUUAGUACGUAAGUACUCACGCCCAUUUCUAGUUGCAGCUAGGUUUAGGUAAGGGUAAGGGGCUAGGGAAUGCAUUAUGUCAAUGAGGGUCCUCACAAAGGUAGAAGUACAAGAAUGUGAGCAUGUGUGUGUGCGUUGGGGUCUAUCGUUGGUUUGCCUUUCUGGUGAUGUUGGCGUGAAGUUAUUUUAAUGAUAGAGUCCUGGGAGAGUUGUACUGUUGCAGCCUUACGUUUUACAGUGGUGACCUGUUGAUACCUGAUGAUAUCACUGAUGCCUCAUUAACAUUGAGUGUGUGGGUUUUCCUUUAGAUAUUGUCUACAGAUUUUAAUCACAGUUCUCACUAUUGAAAUUAAACUAUUAAAAGCUGUUUAGAUACAUUUAAGUGCAUCUGUGAGGAGAUGUGUUUGGUGUUACCUCAGCUUUCCUGAGCCAUUUAAACAGUCUGUUAGCAAUUCUGCAUAGUACUCGGGUACAGCAGAGUGUCAGGAUAUCUGCAACCUACGAUUAAUCUAUUUAUCUAUGUAUUAAUUCACCUUCCUAUAAAGUGCGUUUAGACUCGGAUCGGGUUUUUUUGAAGUUUAAUCGGCUUGUUGAGUAACCAUAACGUUACAGAGUUAAUCUGAGUGUAGGGGUUUAUCACUGGAAUAGAGUGGGGUUUUUUUAGACACAAAAACAUGGGAGACUAAGGUCCAGGUUGAAAAAUCCUUAAGAUACCCUUAAACGUUACUGAACGUGUCAUUUCUGCCGGCCAAUAAGUUACAAUCAUCUCACAACAUAUACACACAAUGGAAGCUGAAUCUCAAAUUACAUAUACUCAAGAAAUCAUGAUUUUCAUUUAAUGGAACUAAAUUUACUUCUGUCAGACAUUUUCAGCCUAACAUGUAGAGAAGAUGAGAUACAAAGUUCAUGCUAACCAACAACUUGCUUUGUGAGCUACUUUGCACAGCUGUCAAUGUAAAUACUAUUGUGGUACUUGGUUUAUGUUUAUGGAAAGUUACAUCAGGAAACUCGGCACAGCAGGCGGCAGCAUCUGAUUUUGUAGUAUCUCUUGUGGUCUUUUAAGUGUUCAUAAAUCAAUUUUCUUUUAAAUAAUGUGUUGUCGGCUGAUCACUCUAGUGUCAUAGCAGUGUACUCACUCUCUGUUUCAUGUUACAUGAACUGUCCAGCCUUUCAAAUGUCCAGAAGGAUUUCCAUUGCUCGUCUUGCAGCUCAACCCUGUGACUGUAUUGUCAAGUUUUCAUUUUGGCAAAAUGACUGAACCAUAUUUAGGGAUUUUGUGUUUUAAGCUUUAGUAGAUUUUUAUCUAUUUUCUAAUUAUUUUAAAGAGUUUUGCUUUUUAUGUUGAUCUGAUUUGACCUCAGAAUGAUUCAUCUAUUUAUUUGACUCUGUUUUGAAUGAUGCUGCUGUCCAUUCCUGCUUAUUAUUUAAUCCUCACGCUGGCAUGUUUGAAUUUUUGUUCAAAUGUUUGUGUGUUAAUUUGAACUGUACCCGACUGAGUCUACUAUGUUAACAACUCAUCACUUAUUUGCCUAGUGUUUCAUUCCCUUCAUCAUUAUGUAAUGCUUAUGAUAAACAGUAGUUCACCCAGUAACAUAAUUGUUUGUACUCACCUCCCUAAGCUCUCUGUGGUCUCAGAAAAAGUUUGCUAUCGGAGAGUGGAGAUAGGCAAACCAGUGAAAAAAGACUUUGUUGUGGCCAAACAAAAGAGUAAAAGAGGAUAUAAAAUGUCUGAAAAACUGCCUGACGUUUCCUGUGCAGCAUUAUCCAGGUGUCUUGUAUCCAUUCAUGGGCUUAUGGAAAUCAGAAAACUACAAACUGUUUGUGCUAAACUGUUGCUAAACAAAGUAUUUUUCGAUUGUCCUCCUAUGAAGGGAUUUGCCAAGUGUGCAUGCAUGCAUACUUGGAUGAUGCUGCACAGGAAUUUUCCUAACAUUUUUGUACUGUCUAUAACCCAAGGUUCGCACGAGGUGCUUAAAGUGCUUGGAUUUUAAGGGGAAAAAAUGAAGUGCUAAAAUCACUUGAAAAUGACACUUUUUUAACAAAGAGCUUAAAAAGCCUUGAAAUUCAAAUAAACCAAAAAAUCCUGACUUAUGUUUCAGCCAAAGUUUGAUAAUGCCUUGCCUAACAUCAUGCUUCAUUUUUACUUAACUUCACUGUUAUAACCCCGGCAAAACCAGGAGCCCGAUGUUGGCAUGACAAAACUUAAUAUGACUCAGCUUGAUGAGCAUCUCACCGCAAUCUGGUUUGCUGUCUCUUCAGCGAUGCUCUGAUGCUAUUGCUCUGCCGAAUAUUGUGAAUGUGAUUAGUAACUUUUCACUGAAAAGAGAUACUGAUCACAUAAUUUAUGUUUGAGCAUGACGUCCUUAAAAAUGAAAAAACGUAGUGCACUGAUCUGAUUCAACUAUUCGGAUGUUCCACUCUCCCUAACAUUUUUCAGUGGAGUUUAGAGAGACGAGUACUGUACACAAUGUCUAAUGUUUUUGGUUGAACUAUAUCUUUAAAGAAUAAUGGAGAAAAUGGUGCUUUGUUGCCUUCUUUGGUCGAACAUUUCAAGCUUGCUUCACCUCUGACCACACACAGAAUCACCGAGUAUGUUUACAUGCACGAAAUAUUCCAGUUUUUGCCCUUAUUCCGAAAAAGACAAUAUUCCUACCAAGCUGUUUACAUCACUAGUGAAAAAGAAUAUUCCACAAAUAGUCCAAUUUACAUGCAGCCGUGCAUACUCACAUUAACAUGUCCUAACGUAAUUUAUCACGUCGAAAUACAGAUAAGUGGAACCGCUGAAUCAUUUUGCUUCUUCGCAUCAAAAUAGGAUCCAAAGGAGCAGGCUUCAGGGUGGACUUGUUCGACCGUAUGGACGUGGCCUCCGUCUUUGAUUUAGUGGGCAAUGCAGGCAAGAGGCUGUGUGUCACCAACUGAGACACAUAUUCCAAAUACAUGUCCAAAGAAUACUGUUUAACUCCGAAUAAUACCGGCAGAUCCCACAUAUUAAUCAGAAAAUGUUAAUUUUGGAAAAAGGCAGGAUAUGCUGUCAUAUUCGGAGUAAUAGUGGCAUAUUAGUGUGCAUGUAAAUGUAGUCGCUGAUGGGAGUUUGCUCACUUGAAAGCUCCAGAAAAGGUGAGAAAGUGGUCCUUGAGUCAAGAUUAUUUUGGCAAAUUUAAGCUCUGCCUUAGUUUUGACAUCAGUUUGAAUCAGAGUGUGUUUGUUGAGCUCUGUGUAUCACACUCCAGAAAUAAAGGAAGUAGAUCCACAAAACUGCGCUGUGCCCUAAAUUCAUACACUGGAUAUGAAGAUUUUUUGAAAGGUUUCAUCAGUGUAUUUGUUUAAUUAUUGAUGCUUUUCUAUUGUUUUACUUCAAAAGGACUUUUAAAAUGAUUCACAGUCUACACACCCAGCCUCCAUUCAUGUUUCUGCUUGUGACUGAAUAUAUAUUGUUUGUCUUUA